AGUUGCUCGCAGUCGCUCGGGAUUGUUCGCGUCGUGGGAUUGACAAAUUUUCCCUCCACUCUCUGACGCCCUUUCCCAACUGCAACAGAGAAUUUUCCAACGAUGUGAAAAAGUCAGUCUCUCUUGCUAAUCCGUUGCGUUAAACCGUAGAAAAAUUAGCUAAAAAGGUGACAAAGAAAGGCGACUGUGACUUGCAGGAGAAAGUGAUGAAAAUGCCUGUGAAUAGAUUUACUUAACUGUUUUUCCAUUGUUUGUGCUUGUGCUGUUUAGGAAUUUUCACGCUUUUCCGUGGGCAUUUGCCCUCUUUGUGUCCUAAUUUGCCUGUCUAGUGACUGUGAACUGCCUCUUCGGUCAACGGUGGAAAAUGAAAUAGGUCCCGGACAGUGGGAAAAGGGGUAUUACUUUUUGUUUUGCGACGCAAAGAGCCUUUUUUCUAGAAGGGGCAUUCCUGCGGAAAAUUGAACCCAGAAUGAGGAGUGGAGACAGCACAAAGACUUCCUCCGACAUUGAGAAUGUGGAAUGGAGUGUGGGAACGGCCACUGGACACUUGCCAAAUGCUGUGAGAUUUGGAUCAUCGAGCAGUCAGGCAUCGCAGAGCAGUGGUGAUAUCUGUCGGAUCUGCCAUUGCGAAAGUGACCCAUUGAACCCACUUUUGACACCUUGUUAUUGCUCAGGGAGUCUCAAAUAUGUCCAUCAGGCGUGUCUUCAGCAAUGGCUCACAGCAUCCGAGACUAAUGCCUGUGAACUAUGCAAAUUUCCUUUUAUUAUGCACACCAAAAUUAAACCGUUCAAUGAGUGGCGCAGCCUAGACAUGUCUGGUGUUGAAAGACGUCGCCUGUUCUGUGCUGUACUCUUCCAUUGUGCUGCAGCGCUUUGUGUCAUCUGGUCCCUGUGCGUCCUCAUCGAAAGGGCAGCCGAGGAGGUCAAACGAGGCCUCAUUGGAUGGCCAUUCUGGACAAAACUGGUGGUGGUCACUGUUGGCCUGACGGGUGGAGUUGUCUUCAUGUACAUCCAAUGCAGACAGUAUUUGCACCUGUGCAAUCGCUGGAGAGCGAGAAACCGAAUUCUUCUGAUACAGAAUGCUCCGGAGAAAAUCCAUCAGAUCCAUUCGGGUUCUCCCAUAAUGUCUCAGCGUCCGUUUCCACGCAAUGGGAGUUCGUCCACGACGGGAAAUUAUGCUGCAGGUGCAGGUCCGGCUAAUCUGGGUCAGAUGUAUGCUCGACCACCGAGUCACGGGGAGAUUGUGGCCAAUAUUGAGAAUAAUCAUCUCAACUACGAUAGAGACUGGACACUGGACGACGUGAGUCAGAUGUCCUUCAAGCCAUGCCCUCAGGGAUCCGGCAGUAUGACUCCACUCGCCUUCCAUGACUCCGUUCAUAAUAUUUAUGAGCAGCAACCUGCUGUUCGGGGUUCGUCGUCAUCUGGGAAUGCCUCAAGUGGUCGAUCGAGUCAGGAACAUAUAAUUUCGGCCCCGGGAACUAGUCGUACGGGGGAUUUGUGUCUGUUUAAAUUGGGAAAUACUUCAUCAUCGGCUGUUUUUCUCGAAAAUCGAGACAUUCUCAAUGAUGGGGCAUAUCCUAAAGUGACCUGUCGUCACUCGAGUGUAGGCAUUAAUCCAUUGGAAGUGACUGAGAAUUUUGGGAGGGAUACAAGGCGAUUUUCAGAUACAAAACUCCUGCAACAGUCCACGGAUGUGGCUGUGGGAAAUGAUGCCAUUUUCAAUGUAACAAAUUUACUGGGGCCCUCAAUUCCUGCCAAAUGUGAGGCUACGCCCCAAAUAACAGACAUUAUCUUCGAGGCGGGUAGUAGUUUUGAUCCGUUAGAGCUCAAUAUUCAGGAAAUGCUGGAGCUAGAUAUUCAACAACAGAAGAAAUCACAAUUGUCUCUCAAUGCCAAUUCGGCCAAAGUGAAUCUGCUGGCGAAUGAGGUGACGGGCAGAAGUCGACCACUCUUCAAGUCUCUUCCAAAUUUGAGUGGAAGCAGUGAGAAUUUGCUCCAGAAACAAAAAUAAAAGUGAAUUAGAGGCUAAAAGGAGUGAGAGAAGCAAAGAGAUUUAGAAUUGCGGUGGCUUUGUAUUUAAAAGUCAACAGGCAUUUUCUGCCAGUUGUCUUCCAUAAAAUAUUAUUAAACUCCCAAAGAAAAAGGUGUCUUUUAGAUUUUCCUUUAAAAUUUUAGUACAGAUUUUCUGAAUACCCCGUCUGAAAAAAAAAUCUAAAAAUCCUUUACAUGACUUUUAAAUAUACAGAAAACUGCUUAAAAGAGUUUGAUGUUAAAGACAAAGUUGAACAAUAUAAAUCCAUCCUUGAGUAGAUGACAAGAAGAUGAGGCAAAAAAGAACUCUCUCAGGUGAGUCUGUGAAUUCCUAUUUGGGCAAACUCUCCGGAAGAAAUAAUAAAAAUUGCCAGUAUUUCCUCCAACAGCCAAAGGAACAUUCUUUAUUUAAAUCUCUCUAACUUCGUGUUCAAGAUAAUGUGCAAUUUUUUUUCAUAAUUAUUAUCUCUACGAAUUGGACAAAUUAUCCUGAGAGAGUUGAUAAAGUCUCAUUAGAAGAAAACAAUCCCAUCCUUGUGAGAAAAAUAAAAUCACAGUGAAAUGUAAGCGUAAAAGCUUAAGGUUUGACACAUUUUUGUAUAGGCUACUAAAAAUAGACAUUUGAAGAUGCAUAAGAAGAAAAAAAUAAUAAUGGAAAACAAUCCAAGACAGUGUUAGAUCCUAAAAAAAAUCAUUAUAAAUAGAAAACUAGUCAUAUAUUUUUUUUUUUGGAAAAGAAUUCUUGAUUAAGAGUAAAAAGUAAAUAUUGAAAGAAAAAAAACAUUACAUUUUCAGAAUUCAUAUUCUCUCUUUUUUUCUGUUAUAUAUUUAAGUUUAUUAUAUUCAUGUUUCAUUCAACAAAGAAAAACAUUACUUAGCAAUUUAUGGGACAAGAUUGUCCUCAAUUAUUUUCGAUAAUGUCGUCUUUUUUGCGAGAAUUUGUAAAAUAAAAAAAGAAAAAAAAUACAAGAGAAAAAAAAUGGAAAAAUA